UGUUUGGUAAAGAAUUCUUACCAAGAAUCGCGGUGUCAAAAAGCAAUACAAGACUUGCACCAUUGUUGUGAAAAAUUUCAUCAUCUCAAGCUUACUUGCUGCUCCGGAAUCCACAUCAAGAAGUGAUAUUGUGUGAAUAUAGACAAUGUCUGUCAUGCUUCAGCAGCUAAGAAUUUGGUCGCAGCCUUCAUUGAUGUGUAAAAGACUUCAGAAAUGCAGACUUCCUUGUACUUUCAACAUACAAAUGCAUAGUGGACAAGCUCUUAAAGAAAAGGCAAAAUCAGUCAUUGUUGGCAACAAACAUCUUCAGCAAGCCCCUGAACUCAAGUAUACACCUCCCAUUUGGAAACAUCAAUGGUUAUUGUUGCUGAAACGCAAAGCUGAAAUUGAAGGUCCAGAAGAACCUCGGCGUCGGUCCGACCAAUUGAAUUGGAACUAUAGUGCUGAGUUGCAUGCAUUUGUGCACCGAUUGGGCAUUCAUGUUCAUGCAGAAGCAUUAAAAGCGGCAUUAACGGAACCAAUGCCUGUUGAUUUGGAAAAUGAAGGCGGAGUAUCAAAUGAAGCUGGUAAUAAUGUAGAAAUGGCAAACACUGGAGAGGUAUUCACACGAAACUUCAUUACCCUAUUUGUAAAAUAUGCAUUUCCUGAAUUAGGCAAGGAUUGUGCUAACAGUAUUGUAAGUUACUUGAUGUCAGAAACACUCUUGUCAUAUCUGGCCAAAAAUUUGGGUUUUGGUGACUUGAUCCAAUCUCAAUUUUUUCCACUAACUACUACUUCAUUGACUCGAGCAGUUUUUGCUGUAAACACAGCCAUAUUACAGAAUCCUGAUGGGAAAAUAGCAGCAGCAAGAUUUUUAUAUGACUUUGUUAUUAUUAAUUUGAACAAUAAAGAUAUUGUACAUGAUAUUUGGAAGCCCCAAGAUCCAAUGAAACACUUGAAACUAGAAUUGAAAAUUCGAGGAUUACCUCCACCAGAAGUUCGAUUGACAAAGAAAGCAGGUAUCACUUCAGUGCUGCCUGUUGUGUUUGUUGGUUUAUUUUGUGAACAGAAUCUGUUGGCAGAGUCUGGUGGGGAGACUGUUAUCAAAGCUGAAUCAGAUGCUGCAAAAUUAGCUUUAAAAACUAUUUAUGAUGUUCAUUUCAAUAGAUGCUUACCAAAAAAAGAUUUAUUUUUAGAUCCAUUUUUUUUGGAUAAAAUUAACUCACUGAAUCUUAAUUAAUGCUCAAACAGAACACUUGCAACUGAAUUGAAAUAUGUCAAUACCUUGAUUAUGUGUAAUGAAAGAUGCUUUUAAUAUUGUAGUGGAAUCUCUUAUGUCCAUCAUCACUAUAUCUCUG